AUGUCUGACCACGCGGCAGCUCAGUACAAAAAGCAGGAUGGUACCAUUUCUGUGUCCACCGACGGCAAGAGUGUGUCAUGGAAGGCUGCCAGCGGUGCGGCUGCUUUGUCGAUAGCCACCGCAGAUAUUGGAAACCUUCAACAGACGCCCGCCACCUCUGCCAAAGCGUCCAUCAAGAUCGUAGCAGUAGAGCCGUCUCCUCAGGCUGGCAACCAUACCUUUACUUUCACCUCCGCCGCCGCCCGCGACGACCAGCAGUCAAUCACUGGCUUAUUGCGGAAGUGGAUCGAAGCGGCAAAGUCGCAGCAUGUGUUACCAGCUGCUCCCGCUGGAGGCGGUAGCGGCGCAUCGGCUGCCAUGGUUGUGGCUCAGACAACAACAGCCGACGUAAGGGGCAAGGAAGACACAUACGAUGACACAAAGCUGCUGGCAGACCUGGAGCUUCAGAUGUCUCUCUUGAGUACGAGUCCUGCGCUGCGACAACGUUUCGACCGAGCUCUUCAAGAGAAGCCCGAAUCUGUUUCGAUAGGCCAGUUCUCCAACCAGUUCUGGACUACUCGAGUGCAUAUGUUAAGGUCGCAUGCUACUGAGAGAUCACAGGCAACAGGAACAUACAAUGUACUUUCGGUCGUUAAAACAAAGCUUGUGAACGGUAGUAUGACGUUGAACCUGACCAAAGAGCAAAUUCAACUCAUAUUCAAGCAACAUACAGUCGUCCACAAGGCAUACAAUGAAAACGUUCCUCCCAUGAAGGAAGGCGAGUUUUGGGAACGUUUCAUGAAUAGCAAGCUCAUGAAGAAACUCAAAGGCGAGCGCAUUGCAGACACUCAUCCCAACGAUCCCAAGCUUGACCUGUACCUCAAGUAUGACGAGAAUGCGGACGAGUCACAGCAGGUGCUUGUUUCCACAAUUCCAAAUUUCAUCAAUGUAGAGGGAAACGAGCAGAAUCACAGUCAAAAACAAGGCAACCGACCCGAUAUCACCAUGAGACCAGCAAAUCACGAGAAGGCGCCGAUCUUGCGUGUCUUAAAUCGAAUGAGUGAGAAAAUGAUGAAACAGGUCCCACUCUCUGAUGCCAAUCGUCAUGCACCCGCUGGACUGGACGAGGAGACCUACAAGGAGCUACAGCUUCAGGAUUUGCAGCGUGCGGCUGAAGACAACAGAGUAGUCCUCAAAGUUCAGGACCAGAGCCGCUUCUUCUCCGCUGGGCAAAGCGUGCAAAGUUCGAGCAGUGCCGCUACGUACACAAAACGCACUCCUGCCCAAGUUCUAUCGACAAUACAAAAAGAUUUCGGGGAGAUCAGCGGAACUCGGAAUAACGCCAUUGGGGUCAAUCUGCAAUCCACGAUAGGUGUCAAUGACGACAGCAGCAGUGACGAAGAGAAUGCGACCCUACAGAACAAGAGAAUUGGCAACAAAACUUCGCGUAUUGCAGCCACUUCGCAAAUCCUAUCAGCUAUCAAAAAGCGACAUUUGCACGACGACGAUUAUUCACUCUCUAAGAGCGUCCCUAUCAGUGAACAAGCUCUCAAACUGGGCAUUUCGGAAUCAACUCUUGACAAUUUGACCAUGACCCAUAACACCACGGUUGAAUUCUUGCACUACUUCUGGGCUGUGUUCUACUCCGGAGAUCCGGAACGUGCCAAUGAGGCAGCAAAGCUCAUUGAAACGUUGGACAGAUCUCUUGACCGUAUCAAAGCGGUUGCCAACGCCGCGGAAAGUGAGCGAGCGGCAGAGGUGGAGAGACUGAAAAAAGAGAACGACGUGUACACCCAACAUACCGGAAAGAAGAGGAGGUUCGACCCGAACGCCAUCAAAGGCGGGGCAAACACUGUCAACCAGAUCGUGGAGCCUUUGUUUCGGGCUAUUGAUGCUGCACGUGGUCAAUACCAGAAAGCUCUACAAGAGCAGCUGAGCCAAAAUGGUCCAUCAAACGGAACAUGA